AGCCUAAGCCAUAAUUUCCACAUCCAAAUGAAAGGAUUCAUGAUUCUUCCCGUUAUAACUUGUAUUUCCUUCUUUCCCUUUCUAAAACUCAGCCUCUCCUCCGUUCAAAUUCACUACUUCAGAAGUAAAUGCAGCUCCGACGAAGGCAACAACUACACUAAAAACAGUGUAUACGAGACCAAUUUGAAUCUCGCACUCGCUAUCCUCUCCUCACAAGCCGCAUCCAACCGGAGCUUCUUCAACUUCACCACCGGCACUGGCUCCAACCAAGUCUACGCCCUCUACCUCUGCCGAGGCGACAUCACUCACCAACUUUGUAAGUCAUGUAUUAAUGACGCCACAAAUCUCCUCCCCACACAGAAAUGUCCAUACAUCAAAGAAUCCAUCAUUUGGUACAACGAAUGCAUGCUUCGUUACUCAAAUUCGAACAUCUUUUCGAUAGGAGUAAGCACUAACGGCAACUGGGUUUCCUGGGAUAGUGACUACAAUGUUUCAAAUCCUGGACAAUUAAGCCAGGUUCUUUCGGAUACAAUGAAUGAGCUGAUUAAGAAGGCUGUGAGUAUGGAAACAACUCCGGCGUAUUUUCAGACAGGGGAGGCAAAAUUGACGGAUUUUGAAAUGGUGUAUUGUUUGGUUCAAUGCACGCCAGAUAUUACAGGGUUUGAAUGCAAAAGAUGCUUGUUAGCUGCAUUGGCUUAUUAUCCAAACUGUUGCACUGUAGGGAGUGAAUGGGCAAUGAUGUUUGGGGAAAGUUGUUUAAUGAUGUAUGAUACAGCUCCUUUCUAUAAUAUUCAACCAGCUCCUCCUCUUGUUCCAGGCUCGACUCCAUUAGAACCCAAUAGUACUCAUGAUAGAGGACACCCUCCUUUGUCCGAUCGCAACAAAAAUUCGAGUGGUACGUAAAGUUUAGUUUUCUGAUCAUCAUCACUUUGCCAU